AUGGCAGAGGACGACAUUAGUAUUUCUCGCAUACUAGAUUUUAAGUCGGUGAUUGCCUUUCGCCAGCUUCACAACCACCCGAACGCGUUCUGCCGAUCGGACAUCUACGCCGUAUGCCGCCUCUCGCCGCUGACCUUUGACCUCGCGCCGUGCAAGCACGAGGUCGCGUUCUGCGCGUGGAUGCGCGUCGACGAGUUUGUCGUUCACGAGCAGACGACUGCGUUCGGGCGCAGCGUCGGUCGGCUUCUCAUGCAUGGCCUCGAGCGUGGCUUCAGCGCUGUCGACGUGACGUCACACGAGCUCGAGUAUGCACAGCCGCAGGCGCGAGCGAAAAGCUACAAGCUCUUCCACCGGCCGCUGCCGUGCGAGACGCCGUGA